AUGCACGGACGCAUCUUGGCUUGGAUACUUCCAAGAGUGUUGAUACCAGACCGCCAGAUGAAGAUGCUCCAAGCGACCAGGGCCCUACACCCAGCAAUAGCAGCCAGUAAGCCUUCCAGCACCACCGCCAGUUGGCGACACAACCCGUUGUACUUCUUGCCUUCUGAGGAGUGUGCCCAAUUCCCAGCGGGCUCCUUGUGUCUCUCGCCAGGUUGGUUCCAACAACACGCCAUUUGCCUUGCAUCUGGACAGCCUUUGCAGCAUAUGGAGUCUGGGAGGCUGGAGACCUCCGCCAGCCUGAAGCUUGAGGGCGGAAGAAGUUGGCUGCGUGAUAUUCAUGACUCCUCCGCAUUGCUGGGCGCCAUCCUGGCCGUCGUUCACCCAACACUAUAUGCCGCAGGACGCCAGUGCUUAGGUUUGAUCCAGCAAGACCCAGAAUUGCGAGAGAUGGCGCUGAACUGGUCGUCGCCAUUCAAUGCGCUCCAGGUGAUCGCCAACCGGGAAACUCCUUUCCACCGAGAUAGCAAGACAAGAUACACCUUCUACGACCUGUUGGCGACGUUGGGCAACUACACUUGCGCGUGGUUGAAGUUCCCCGCCAUGCGUGUCGCCAUUGAUUAUAGUCCUGGAACUGUCAUAGCCUUCUGUGGAAAGGCGAUUCGUCAUGGCGUCACUCGAGCAGAUGGCGAAAGGCUCGUCUAUGCAUACUUCAUGCGAGAGGGUGUCCAGAACAGGCUAGGCAUUCCGGCGCCCCACUGGAUGCAAGCUUCAUAUUACGCCUCACACAUUGGCAUGUGCACAGUUCAUCACCGAAGGGACAUCAUGCCAAAGACUGAUGGAGACGAGAACACUAUGCAGGGGAUGGAGACUGUCGAUGGCAGCUUCAUUGGCGGGACAAAGUUGGCGGAGGUGAUGGCGAAAUCUCAAGGUGUAGUUAUCACUGAUGGCAGCGUAUGGUUGGCGGACCUCGAAGUUGGCGGAGAUGGUGGCGAAAUGUAUUCAGUCGAGAAGUUACGCAACAAAAGCAGGCUCGUUGUAGACCUGGAUGACGAGGUUGAGUUUGUGACCAAGGUAGCUAAGCAGACCACUAGGGGAGUACACUAUGUAGACGUACCUUUGCCCAUGCCCACGGGUUCAAACGUGCCAUCGCCUUCCAAAAGUCCAUCGAAGGCUCCAGCUUCAGGCUCCUUGUUUAACUUGGAUGAUGGCGACGUCCUGGGCAACAUAGGUGUGCCGAUUCAGCUGGAUCCGGCGGCUCGGAAGACAAAGACCCAGAAUGACUUCAUGAGGGACUGGAUACCCCACCGUGAUGACUAUCUUCAUGCCAUUGUCGAGAUGGAAGCCCCGCCUGAGCCCAGAAACUGUGCGGAAUGCAAGCGUGCUCCUUUCCAUCGGAUAGAGCAUUGGCAGGGUCAGUAUUUUGAGCUGGCAUCACUGUAUCGGGUUGGCGUCUGCAUCCAUUUGGGGCAUGGCGGAGAUCCCUGCCCUCUGGGCGCCUUCACAGCACAUAACAACCCUGCGCCGGUGGUGGCCCCGGGGUCCGAUUUCUGGAAUGCCUCCAAUGAAGACCUAAAUGCACAUGAUGGCGAGGUCUCAGAUGAUGGCGAGGUCCCAUUCAACUUUGCACCUCUGGCAGGCACCCUUGACGGUGAAGCAAGGCAAACCGACGAUGCUCCCGAUCCCACUUGGGAGGAAGAUGUGCCACCGGUGCUCUCCCGGCCACCUCGCCGUGACAGUUACGGGAAUCGGAUCAUAGUCAUUGUCGACAUCUCUGGCGUUCACCAUAUCGGCGUUGACUGGUGCCAGUGUGAGAUGGCAGUGGAGCGUGACAUGCAGCUUCUUCAAAUGGGACUUUACCCUGGUACCGUCAAGGAUCCCCAUACCGCCUUCACAUUCGCUGUCCUCGACGAUUUCCUUCUGGAGAACAAAGAGUGCAAGACGGCGGCAUUAAACUACUACAGCAAGCUCAAACGGGUCAUGAGCAAUGCCUUCCCUGGCACCGUUCCCGACCGUUAUCGUGAGCUGAUGCGGGUGUCCCGCCAAUGGCGCCAACUCAAAUAUCGCAAGUGGCACGGCUUCUCACACGAUGCCCUCCGUCCUGUGGAGAAGGGUGGCCUCGCCAUAUUUUGUCCCGCCUGUCCCCAGCCUGGGCUCAACCUGCCUUUCGAUUGGCAAGCAGAUCCAGUGCAGUGGAAGUUCAAAUGCGGCUUUGUCAUGGAUGGCAAUUUCAGUGCAGAGCACAUGAAGAUGAAGCACCCCGAGGAGGACGUCGCCCUCAGUGACGGCCAGGCAUUCAUGGUCGGCCAAGAGGAUUACAAGGCUCAUCUGGCGGUGGCCAUGGAGUCCCAUCAGCGCUCCACUUGUCAUGAGCACCGCACUGUCAAUCAGGCCAAUGUGGAUCGCGCCAACCUCGACGCCACAGGAAUCGGGGCCACUGCUUGCGCCAGACAUGGUUUCUUCGUCCCUCAUACUGUCGUCGAUUUCCAGAAGGGAGAAAGACAAAUGAAUAUGGAUUACUCUCUCAGGAAUGCGCUCCUGACCCUCACCGGUAUCACCCUCGUCCUCGUCAUGUACGACAUCAUGUGCCAGUAUGGCGUCCAUGUCUGCAAACAUUUCCGCCACAGCGCCUAUCUGAGGAUGCCCUUCGAGCUCAAGAUAGACCAAGGCAUCGGCUUGUUUCAUGUGCACGGACACCAAGAUUGCUGCUUCCAAUGGUUCUCGCCCAACUUUAUAGUUGGCGCUGGUAUGGUCGAUGGCGAGGUCAUCGAGACCCUGUGGGCACCCACAAAUGAGGUCUCAGGCAGUACCAGGGGCAUGACCUGA